AUGUAUCUCGCAAAUAACACAAUACUUGACAUUGCAUUUGCAGUACAUGUACUAGCGAGAUACAGUUCGAAUCCAACACGUAGACACUGGAAUGGCGUAAAACAUAUAUUCCGGUAUAUUUACGGGACACAAGACUUAGGUCUUUUCUAUCAGAGAGAUCAAAAGUCCCAGCUUGUUGGGUAUGCUGAUGCCGGAUAUCUAUCAGAUCCUCACAAAGAAAAAUCUCAAACAGGUUACAUAUUCACAUAUGGUGGCACAACAAUUUCUUGGAAGUCAACUAAGCAAACACUUACAGCAACAUCAUCAAACCAUGUCGAAUUGAUAGCACUAUAUGAUGCUGGUCGAGAAUGCGUGUGGUUGAGAUCAAUGAUUAAUCACAUACAAGAAGCAUGCGGAUUAGAACAGCUCAAGAAGGAGCUGACAAUUAUUUAUGAAGAUAAUGCUGCUUGCAUAGCUCAGAACAGAGAAUGUUAUAUCAAGGGUGAUCGAACAAACCACAUCUCACCAAAAUUUUUCUCAACAUAUGACGUGCAAAAAGAAGGGGAAAUUGAUGUUCGCCAGAUUACGUCAAAUGAAAAUCUAGCUGACCUGUUCACGAAAUCUUUACCUAGAAGCAGUUUCGAGCAGCUAUCACACAAGAUCGGUCUUCGUAGAUUGAAAGACGUUUGUUAA